AUGGCCACUCCGGUACAGCCUGCCGCGUCUCGUUCUCCUCCUCGCCCUCCUCCUCCGCCGCUGCCGCUACCACCGCCGCCGCCUCACCACGACACGACGCUCACCCUGGCGCUCGCGCUGCCGCCUCCCGCGUUCGCCUGCGCGCUCUCCCCGAGGCCGCUGCAGGCGCGGAGGCCGCGGCCGGACGGCGCUGCCUCGUCCUCCUCGUUCCCCAGGGUGCGGUCCUCGCCCACGGGGGACACGCUGCCGUGCACCGAGUGCGGCAAGCGGUUCGCGUCGUGGAAGGCGCUGUUCGGCCACAUGCGGUGCCACCCGGAGCGGCAGUGGCGCGGGAUCACGCCGCCGCCGCACUUACGGCACGACCACCACCACCAGCAGCAGCAGCAGCACGCCGUGGGCGCGCCGCCCCUCGCCGUGGCGGCGGCGGCCGCGGGCCAGCAGUUCACCGUGCAGGAGCGCGAGAUCGCCGCGAGCCUGCUCAUGCUCGCCGGCGCACGUACUCCCGGCGUCGGCAAGGGCAAGAAGGGCGUCCUCGCCUCGUCUAGCGCGAAGAAGGAGAGCUGCAGCACGCCGGCUUCUUCGCCGACCGCCGCCGCGCCGCCCAAGUGCGACGACCACAAGUGCAGCGUCUGCGCUCGCGGGUUCGCCACCGGGCAGGCUCUCGGCGGGCACAAGCGGUGCCACUGGGAGAAGGCAUGCGCAGAGGUGAUGGCGGUUGCAACACCUAGCAGCUGCAGCCCGUUGCUUGCAACGUCAGAGGAGGUGGUGGCGGCCACCACGCUGGACCUCAACCUGCCGCCGCCGGGGACGAUGCUGGCAUUGCCAUGGAAGAGCGAUGAAGACGGCAGCUUGAACGCGGCGCUGGAUUUGAAGCUUGGGUACUAG